AUGUCUGAGCAGUCGAAUACUGUUUGUGCACUCAAUAGUGGAGCGAAGAAAGAGAAACGUCGAGAAAGGAAAGCUUUAUCCGAAAGAAACAAUAAAUACAUUGACAAUGACCCGCUGUGCUUAAGAAUUCAAUGUACGUGUAAUCAUGGACAAAAAAGCAAUUUUAAAUGUAAACAAAUAUCGCAACAGGAUGUCGUUCGAAACCGUAAGAACUUUUAUUCGACAUCCAAAAAAGUUCACCAAGACGUGUACUUAUGUCGUCUCAUUAGUGCAUUUGAACCCCAACGUAGAGGCAAAGGCACACCACGGCCUUCUGGUAAAACAAAACUUCGAAAGUUAAGUACAUCAUUCUUCCUAUAUGGGAAAAAGAAAAUAAUGAAAAGGGUAUGCAAAUCAUUUUUCAUGGCAGUAUUUUCUAUCAAAAGGCAGAGGUUAUCAACUAUUAUGAAAUGUGUGAUGGAUGGCAAAGUUCCAAAGGAAGAAAGAGGAGGUGACAGGCGCUCAGCCAAAUCUCAUGAGAAAAAAGAACAUUUACGCAAUUUCCUCCGAAACCUUCCUUGCAGUGAAAGCCACUACAAUAGAGCGAAAAGCAAGAGGGUAUAUUUGGAUGCCGCAUUAAACAUGAAAAUAUUGAGAAUGUUUUACAAUAAUAGUGUGCCGAAUGACCUGAAAGUCAAGAGAACAAUGUUUUACGAAGUGUUCACAUUUGAAUUUAACAUUGGAUUUCGUUCACCUGCAUCAGAUGCCUGCAGUUCCUGUAUACUAUUGAGUAAUAGUAUAAAAAACGAACAAGUUUCGACAAAAAAACAAGAACUUAUGACAAAACUUCGCAUCCAUAAAUUGCGAGCAAAUUUUUUCUAUAAACUUUUAAAGAAAAGGGUUGAUGAUAGUAUUACUAUUUGUUUUGAUCUCCAGCAGGUAUUUCCUCUACCUAGAACACCAAUUCAGGAGGCUUUUUAUUCCCGUCAGAUUAGUCUAUAUAAUUUAUGUGUGAUGGAUCUAUCAGAACAAAAUAAUUCUUGUCUGUAUAACUGGGAUGAAACGGAGUCUGGCAAGGGUGCUGUUUCAAUUGGAUCUGCAUUAUACUGCUUCUUGAAUACUCAAACAAUACCGGCUAAUGUGAAAGUUUGCGAGCUUGGUAAGGAUUGGUGUCUGUAUAAUAUAAAAGGUUUAGAAACUAAUUACAAAAAACUUGUGGGCAUACAAUCCAUGAAAAAAAUUAUAAUCAAGAAGUGCAAAUCUUCUCAGGGCAGACAAUUGAACUGCGUAGUAAAAGCUUCACCAAACUAUAGGUUUGACUCCGGAGAACAGUUUAUAUCACUACUGAAAAGGGGCAGACGUCACCCCAGAAAUAUAGAACAAAUUCAGGAAGACCGAGGACUGAGUGCUGCAAAGAAAAAUGAUGUGACUAGUCUAUUAACAAAACAGUUCGGUGCAGAUUGGGAGAACCUUUCGGCAUUAGAAUGGUAUAAACAAAUAUUAAGCUGUUCUAGAAACAUUGCAGAACAAAACGAAGAAAUAGAUGAUGAUGAAGCAUGUAUUUGUACUGAGAUGGAUACAGAAGACAUAAGAAUUUGA